CUCUCUCCCCUAAACUAUUAACGACAGCCCACUUUGUCCUCGCUCUCUCAAUCAGAAUAUAUGUAUAAAUAUAUAUAUGUGUGUGUUGGUUGCUGCAGCUUGUGGUACUAGGCUGAGUUUUUCUUUCUCUUUUUUUUCCCCCUAAGAUCUGAGCACAACCUUCUUCUAUUUAUACACAUUCCCUCUCAUCUUUCUCUUCAUCAAUUUCUUCCGAUUUUUGCUAGCCUUUGGUUUGAACAAGUAGAAACACAGGUGUUGCAUGGUGGGAUGGAUUCUUCAAGCACACAACUCCAUCUCCAGGAAAUGGGUUUAGAAAGCAUGGUGGCGUGCAAGCAGCAAGAUGGAAACAAGAAGGCAAGGCCAGCUGAUAUGCAGGCUCUAAAAUGCCCUCGAUGCGACUCCGCCAACACCAAAUUCUGCUAUUACAACAACUACAGCCUCUCCCAGCCUAGAUACUUCUGCAAAUCCUGCCGACGAUACUGGACCAAAGGCGGCACCCUCCGCAACGUCCCCGUCGGCGGAGGCUGCCGCAAGAACAAGAGAUCCUCCUCCACUUCCUCCUCCUCAUCCUCCUCCAAGCGAAGCCAAGACCACCCCCUCCCCUCCCCAAUCCCAUCCAUGCCUCCUCUCUCCUACGAUUCCAACGAUCUCAAUCUCGCCAUCGCCACCCUCCAGAAGCAGAAUUCCGCCCAUUUAGGGUUAGAGGAUCACGAUUUCUCCAUCUGGGCCCACUCCCAAGCCCUCGGGAGCUUCUCCGGCGGCGUCUCCUCCUCUUCGGGGCUGUUUGAUGCCAUCAGAAGUAGUGGGUUUCUUGAGAAUCCGAGCGGUGGGAAUGGGAUUCAGAAUUUGUACUAUGAUGAUCAGAAUGGGAUGAUGAGCAGUGGGGCCCACGACAUGGGAAUGCCGACGGCGUCGCCGUAUGGGGAGUACGCGGUCUCCACGACGGCCUCCACGGCCAUGACGACGGUGAAGCAAGAGAUGCGCGGAGGAAGGGACGGGGACGGGAGGAUAUUGUGGGGUUUCCCGUGGCAGAAUACGGGUGCCGGGGAUGGCAAUGGGUCGGAUCUCGAUUCCGCAACCAGACUUAACUGGAACGGGAUCGGGCCGUCCAAUUGGCAAGGGCUUCUCAAUAGCUCUCUUACAUAACAGGGCGAAGAGAAGCCCCUUAAAUAAUUACAAUUAUCCUUGUCGUAUCAAGAAUAAUUGUAAUUGUUUAGAUUGGGAAUUUGAGUGGGUUAUAGUGUUUGCUAGAGAGGGGUUGGGGAAAGAAGAAAAAAGAUAGAGUUUAAUUACUUCUCAAGUGUUUAACUUAAGGGGAAAGUUUAAUUAAUUUUAAUGAUGUGGAUUUUGUGAUCUUUAUUGUACUAAGAGGGAUUUGAUUCACUUGAGUCGUCUUCUUUUUUUUUUCUUGACUGUCUACAUUUAUUUGUUUGACGACAAACUAAUGGAAUUUCAUUUCUUGUUCUUUA